AUGGCGAACAAUACUGCAUCGCUUCCUACAGAAUGCUCCCCCCAGUCAGAGAGACGCGAAAGCCAUGGAAUGACGCCGCCAUUCUCCAAACCUGCGAGCUUCCGCUCUUCCCAUCAAUAUACGCACCCAGCAGGCGUAAACUUCCAGCACGAGUUGAUAAAGCCCGACGAAGAUCUACAGCGCUAUUUGGACUUCCAACUGACGACGCCGAAGUUGAAUCGAAUCCAUCAUCUGCUAUGGCUCGCUGGCCUCCCACGGGCAGCCCGGCCACUACAUCGACAGAAGCUGAUGAAGCGUACGAUUAUCCUCACAGAAUCGCCAGAUGAGCACCUGGUCUGGAGCCCCGGACAGAUCCUCAUCAAACCCGUCCCAGAAUAUCUCCUGGACCACGAGUUUUGGGUGCGGGAGCUCUGUCCUCAUCGCGAACUGCACGCCGCGGCGUGUGGGCUGCUUCUCUCUUACGCGUGGCUCAUUACUGGAUUGAUCGAUUUCCAACUCGCCAAGGAUGAGCGCAUUCUUCCCAGUGAUGUCACCUGGGAUGCAUGGACACUGCUAAUCCGGCAGUUCCUCGAGUGGAUAGACAAUAAGAAUGAUGAAGAUAGAUGUAGUACUUCCCUGCCCACAGAAAAGGAUUAUGUUUCCCAGCCCCAGCCUGCAAUCAUCAACAAGCGCUACGAGUUUGGUGAGUUGCGCCUGAGCCGCCUGAAUUCCCUUACUGUUGUCGGCCAUGCAAGUGGGACUGGCGACCGACGCGCUGCAGGGGAAUCGGCAGUUUCAGAGGGUUUGCGUCGUCUUCACCUUGGCGUCUAUUUUCUUCACAGUGGUUCUGGUGUGGAUUAUGCUGAUGCCAAUCAUGCCUUAAACGCCCAAAUAUCGCAGAUCUUUGGCGGACAGACCUGCGCCUCGCGAAUGCGUGCCUUUGAAUCUGGUGAUCAUGCAGGUGGUCGUGCCCUGCUGCAACUACCGGGUGGCAGUGCCUUAGCUUAG